CCCGCCGGGGUUCUCGCCGCCGUCAUCCCCCUCACCUCCCCCUCUCCCGACCCGGUUCUCCCGGGGCUCCUCCCACGACCCUCCCAUUGGCGGCCUCCGGGUCCCCUUGCCUCUGAUCCCGGCUCCGUCCGAGGAUCCUGCGGGGGCGUAGGGAGAGGCGCAGGUGCGAGGGUGUCGGGCACCCGGGAGGGCCCCUCCCUCCCCCAGUGGAAUUAGCCAAGUUGGGAGGAGGAAUCCCACUUCCCCUGCGGGAGGGGACAGAGUGGGGAGAUAAUUGUUCUAAAAUCUCCUACUUGUAGACUGCGUCAGCUUUUAAAUCUCUUCCCCAUUCAUAAUCUGAUUUUCGUUCUCUUCGCUCUCAUUCUUUAAUUUAUUAAACAAAUAUUUAUUGAGCGUCACCUAGGUGUUUGGGCAUGGGAAGAGCUGGAGUCCAGCAGUUAAGACAGCAGCCUGGGUUUAUAGCGGCGGAAGUCUAAAGAGUAGCAAGCCAUGGUUUUUAGCUCUUCUUCCUGCCUGGCGUGGAGAAAUUGGUCGUCUAAGUGUCAGGUUUCCUAAAAUCAGAGCGUCCAGAACCUCAUAGGGCUGUUGGCAGGAUCCAGUGAGAUAAUGUUGGGGAAUGUCUUUAUAAAUCUUAUGACACUGUGUGAGCGAGGGAUUAUCAUUAAUUUGCACCAGUCUGUUAGUUACUUCAUUCGUUUAACAAACAUAAAUCCUUAAUUUCAUGAGAUCUGGAGUAACAACCUGGGUGUGAGUCCCCUUUCUGUCCACCUUGUCAUCUUCAGCAAUGACCUAACUUCUCUGAGCCUCUGCUUUACCAUCUGCAAAAUGAGGGUGUCAGUAUGGUCUCCUUAGUGUGAAUGUACCCAGUGAGAUACUGUAUGUGAAAAGUGCAUUGUUCAGUGUAAAUAAAUGUUGGCUCAUGUUGUAUUUAGGGCAGAUACUUUGGUUUCUAAUUCUCAUUGCAGCAUUUCUAUUUCUGUGGCACUUUUUCCCUGUAAUAUUCAGUUCAGCAUGUGUCCCCCUGGGGCUCCAAAGCUUCUGUUACCUUCCUUCUGAGAUGAAAGAGUGAAAUGGAGCAAGAGGGGCCCAGAGGACUGUGUGUUCUGGACAUGUGAUCAAGCCAUGGCUCAGGUGCUCUGACCUCUGCUGUCCCUGAGGACCCUGAUCUCUGGCCUCCUGUUGUAUCCUGGUCCCAGAGCACUCUGCUCAGGGAUUCUCAUUGUCCUGGGACCCUGCACUUCUGAGCUCCAGGCCCAGACCUCUUCCAGAGAAAAGGUCAUUGUGUCCAAAGGUUAAGAGUAAUGAACCUCAGGUUUCCCCCUUCAUGGGGCAAAGCAGAGGCUGGGCAGUCUGCAUGCAUGCAAAGAGGGACCCCUGGAGCUUCCCUGGGGUGCCCAGAGGGCUGGUGGCAAACUGGUCAGGAAAGGGUGUGGGGAGAGAUACUCAGAGUGGUCGGUGCUCAGAGAGGCCAGGGUACCUGGGUUAAUCAUCACUGUGGCUCAGAUAAGGCCCCGCCAGCUAGAAGCAGAGUUAGCGUGACAGAGGGUUUGUGUGGCUGAAGAUGCAGGCACGACAGGGUGUCCACAGUGUGCGACCAUGCCAGGCACAAAACGGUUUCAACAUGUGAUUGAGACCCCAGAGCCUGGCAAGUGAGAAUUGUCUGGGUAUGAGGCAGCCCUGCCAAUCACAGAGAAGUCAAACCCACUGACCCAGGACCUGGACAAAGCAGAUGCCGAGCAAAUUGUUCGAUUGCUGGGACAGUGUGAUGCUGAGAUCUUCCAGGAGGAGGGGCGGGUCAUGCCCACAGACCAGAGACCGUAUAGUGAAUCAAUUCUGACCACCAUGAUCCAAGUGGCUGGCAAAGUUCAGGAAGUGCUGAAGGAACCUGAGGGGGUGCUGGUGGUGCUGAGUGGAGGGGGCAACUCUGGCAGGAUGGCGUUUCUCAUGUUGGUCUCCUUCAACCAGCUGAAGAAAGGUCUAGGACAGAAACCUCUUUACACCUACCUCAUUGCAGGCAGUGAUAGGUCUGUGGUGGCAUCUAGGGAGUGGACAGAAGAUAGUGCCCUGCAUGGGAUUGAAGAACUGAAGAAAGUGGCUGCUGGGAAGAAGAGGGUGAUUGUCAUUGGCAUUUCGGUGGGACUCUCUGCUCUCUUUGUGGCAGACUAGAUGGACUACGGCAUGGACAACCCAGCCACCUUCUUGCCCAUCCUGGUUGGUUUCAACCCCGUGAACAUGGCCAGAAAUGACCCCAUAGAAGACUGGAGUUCCACAUUCCGACAAAUAGCAGAACGCAGGCAGAAGCUGCAAGAGAAACAGGAAGCUUUCGUGCUCAGUCCUGCUGUUGGGCCUGAGGGCCUCAGUGCCUCCUCCCGGAUGAAAGGUGGAAGCCUGACCAAAAUCCUGCUGGAAACCUUGCUACUGGCCGCCCAUAAGACUGUGGACCGAGGCAUCGCAGCCUCUCAGAGGUGCCUUCUGGAAAUCCUGCAGACAUUUGAGCGGGCUCAUCAGGUGACGUAGAGUCAAAGCCCAAAGAUUGCUGCCCUGAUGAAGCAAACCAGCACCAGCCUGGAGAAAAAAGGCCAUGUGUACCUGGUUGGCUGGCAGACCCUGGGCAUCGUGGCCAUCAUGGAUGGAGUGGAGUGUAUCCACACCUUUGGUGCCGACUACCGAGAUGUCCGCGGCUUUCUCAUUGGUGAUCACAGUGAUAUGUUUAACCAGAGGACUGAGCUCCUCAACCAGGGUCCCCAGUUCUCCUUCUCCCAAGAGGACUUCCUGACCUCCAUCUUGCCAUCCCUCACAGAAAUCGACACUGUGGUCUUCAUUUUCACCCUGGAUGACAACCUCACGGAGGUGCAGGUGCUGGUGGAGCAGGUGAAGGAGAAGACUGCCAACAUCCAGGCCCUGGCGCAUAGCACCGUGGGGCAGACCCUGCCGACCCCUCUGAAGAAGCUCUUCCCCUCCAUCAUCAGCAUCACGUUGUCACUGCUUUUCUUUGAAUACGAAGGGAACUUCAUCCAGACGUUCCAGCAUGAGCUAAGCACCAAGUGGGUGCUGAAUACCGUGAGUACAGGGACCCACGAGCUUCUUGGGGAGAUCCUCCAAAACCAAUUAGACCUGCGCAUUCGCAACUCCAAGCUCUUCUGGAGGGCACUGGCCGUGCUGCAGCCGUUCUCUGGACAGCCCAAGGCUUGAUGCAUCGAGACCCUCCUGCAGGUGAUCCACUCCCCCCAGCCACUGUCGGAUGACAUUCGGGCUGCUCCCAUCUCCUUCCACAUGCAGCUCGCACACGAGAAGAAGCAAGUGAUCCCGGUAGCCCUGCUGAGCCUCCUAUGUCGUUGCUCCAUCCCUGCCGCUCGGUCCGUCUGUGAGUCUGUCCCGAGCGCCCUCUCUGGGCCAGGUCCGAAGCGCGGCGCCGACCCCCUGGAAGCCCCAGAGCUUACCCUGCUGUGAACUGGUAUUUCUGGGCGCGUGAAGCCCGUGGAGGCUUGGUGGGCUCGAAGCACGGGAGCAGGAGGAGAGGCCCAGUUCCCGGGGCCACCCGCAGCCCAUGGUGGGAGAAAAGAGGCUCUGUACUUUGGGAGGGAGGGUCCUUGCUCUUGACUCACUGGCAUAUUCUGAUUUCAGAAAUAAAACGAAAUGCCUUGUUUUGGAAAGUGAACCUUUUGAUCUCAGUAGAUCAGAGUCAAUAAAUUAAAGGUGGGACAAGACGGGUGGCAUGGGUUGGUCCCAACAACCGGUUUAUUUCUUUACAUCCGCCCUGCCCCUCAAACCCAUUUCGUUGUCCACUGAUCCAGACUUUAUCCCAGCAUCUCUGUAUCCCUCAUCUCCAGCAUGUGGAUUUGUGUGUGCGCGCACCUGCACAUACCUUCGGCUCCUGCACGGACUCACACAUGCAGGGAGAAGUGGGAACCUAGGUGAUUCCAGAGGAAGGGGAAAAGUUGUAUCCCCAACAUAGGACUCCCAGAGAAAGGAUCCCCAUUAGGCAGGACAGC